CCCUGCCCUCGAGAGGAUGGGGACACCCCGGGGAGGACGGCCGCAGCCUCUAGGGGGCUCUCGGGAGAGCAGCCCCGGGCCUCCAGCGGGCGCGGGCCAGGUGGCAGCGCAGGGGCUGAGCUGCGCGGAGGAGGCGGCCUCCCCGGCCAGGGGCGGCGGCAGGGGCGGCCCCGGGAUCACAUGGGCGGAGGCAGGUCCCGGAGUCCCGGGCGGGCUCUCCCCAGAGCCGGGCAGACGGCGGUGGCGGCGGCGGCGGCGGCGUCUCCUGGCCCCCUCCUACCCUUCCCUUCGCUCCCGUGCCUGGCUGCCCAGCCCGAAAGGUGAGCGGGAGCCAGGUGAGCGCGCCCACCUGCGCGCUGUCCGCACGGCCCGCGACCUCCCGGGCCCCGGCGCCCUCGCCGCUCUGCGCGUCUGCGGCGCCCUCGGCGCACCGACCUCCCCUCCGCACACCGCCUCUCCCCGCAGCCUCGCCUGCGGUCGGCGCCCCCCGCGAGCUAGGCUUUCCCGUCCCGGGCCCUCCUCCUCCAGCCCCCCGGCGUUCGGGUACUUUGCUAGAAGCUCAGAAGGCUCCAGAACUGGGCGAGCCGGGUCGACGGGCUGGGCACCUCUCCGCGGCCCCCGCGCGAAGUCCACUGGCCGGCUCAAAGGUAUGGCACUGACAGUGGACGUGGUGGGGCCGGCGCCCUGGGGCUUCCGCAUCUCCGGGGGCAGGGAUUUCCACACACCUAUCGUGGUGACCAAGGUAACCGAGCGGGGCAAGGCCGAAGCUGCUGACCUCAGGCCUGGUGACAUUAUUGUGGCCAUCAACGGUGAGAGUGCAAAGGACAUGCUGCAUGCCGAGGCCCAGAGCAAAAUCCGCCAGAGCCCCUCGCCCCUGAGGCUGCAGCUGGACCGGCCUCUGGCUGCCUCACCCAGGCAGACCAACGGGGAAAGCUCCCCGGAAGUGCUGGCCGCUCGCUUCCAGAGCUCCAGGAGGACGCACACGGACAGCCAGUCCUCCCUGCGGUCUUCCUGCUCCAGCCAAGCCUCCCUCAGCCCCCGGCCAGGCAGCCCCUUCUGCACCCUACUCCCCACCAGCCACCAGGCCCCCGCUGGAGAGGUGGUGACCAGCCACAGUUUUCAGAGCCUGGAGUACUCCCUAGAACCUGCUGCUGCUGACCGCUUGUUCUAUGGGGGCCGCCCUGGAAGCCGACCGGCCGGCCUCGGCCUCGCUGGCGACUCGGCUGUGCUCGUCCUGCCGCCACCACCUUCCCCAAGUCCCCGUUCCUGCAGCCCCAGGCUCAGCGUGGCCUCGGAGGGGGAAAGCCAACUCCUGAGAGAGGACUCGGAAGUCUUCAAGAUGCUGCAGGAAAAUCGCGAGGCACGAGUGGCUCCCCGGCAGUCCAGCUCCUUUCGGCUCUUGCAGGAAGCCCUGGAGGCUGAGGAGAAAGGUGGCACGCCUGCCUUCUUGCCCAGCUCGCUGAGCCCCCAGUCCUCCCUGCCCGCCUCCAGGGCCCCAGCCACCCCACCCAAGCUCCACGUGUGUGAGAAGUGCAGCACCAGCAUCGCGAACCAGGCCGUGCGCAUCCAGGAGGGGCGGUACCGCCAUCCCGGCUGCUACACCUGCGCCGACUGCGGGCUGAACCUAAAGAUGCGCGGGCACUUCUGGGUGGGGGAUGAGCUGUACUGCGAGAAGCACGCCCGCCAGCGCUACUCCGCACCCUCCACCCUCAACUCCCAGGCCUGAGCGCCCUCCACUCUGAGGGCAUCUCUGCGCCAGCCCGUGCCAACAGCAAAUUAGCCUGGGAAGGCAAUGGGAGGUGGUGGGGCCCCUUCCUCCUUGCUGGGUGAGGCCAGAGGCUGGGACCUGCCUGUGCACCUUCCCAGCCCUCUGCUGGAUACUCUUGUGUCCUCCUGCCGCACAGGCUCUGCACCAAAGUCCAAAGUGGGUGCAGCAUUGGACAUCUUUGUGCACUAGGGAUUAAGUAGGUUUGGGCAUGGAGAUUAGUAUCUAGAAGGAGUGGGCUGGGCCAGAGGCUACAGGUACUCACUGUGUAAAGUUUUCAGCAUAUGAGCUCUAUAAAUAUAUAUUGUAUGCGGACAAAACAAAGUAGGUGCCCCUCUUUUCUCUCCUUCCCCACCCCAGCCCCUGGGGAUGAGCUUCUCCCUACUGCUGGGUGGAGAGUCUUUCAAUAUACAAUCCCCCCCCUUACUUUCCCCUCCCUCAAAGCCCCACCCUGCCAGAUGCUUUGCCAUGUGGCAUUCCUGACGGAAGUCUCGCUCCUUUUAGCAGUGGGUCGUGCUCUUCCUGGACGCUUUUGUACAGAUGCCAGUUUUAUUGGGAUGAUCCCUGGUAGAGGAAUGCGUUUCUCACUGGGAGCCUGGAGAGGGGAGGGGAUGCUAGAAGGCCAGCAGCAAACGGGAGACAGACCCUGAGACCCCUCCUGCGCAGGCCUGUCUCCGUGAGACACCAUCUUGCUCUGCCAGCCCUGGCUGGGCUGGCGCUCUGUGCCCCUCGCUCUGCUUGGUGUGGAUGCUGCCAGCCCUGCUGACUUACCCAGAGGAGCUGGGUGGGCAAGAGAGGGGGCAACAUCUAAAGAACGUCCUGCACGCGCCCAAGGCUGUUGCACCCAUUUGAGAAAGAGCAUCCCCGGAGUCACCUUGGACAGGGUUGUGAGUGAGCUUUGCCUGGGAGGACCACCCACCAGCGCCCCCACCCUGAGGACCACCAUCCUCCAAGCGAGGGCUGGUCUGCCCACCUCUUCCCUGGGAGCCCCGCUGGCUCCAGUGGUGGUUGAUUUGAAAACUCGUGCUUGCUAGGCUCGCCUGCCCUGGGGGUGUGUUUGAGUCAGUGGUCUUCCGCCAGAUUUUUGGCUUGAUUCACCCACCACUCCUAGUCCUAAUCCCAGAGGACAUUUCAGAAAGGUGCAUGGGUGCUGCUGGGUACUCCUUAUCACCCAGUCAGCCUGAGGGAAAAGAUCCGAGCUGGGCUUCAGAGCGUGCUUUCUGUGCUGUCUGGUUCUUUGGGGAAGGAAUCUUGGCAGAGACGGGGUGUGUUGCCCUCUCAGGCACCUUGCUAUAAUUUACACCUUGCUAUAAUUGUCUCACCUUUCGCCUAGAUGGCUGCCUUCAUUUUCAUAGGAAAGAUCAAGGCUGUCUGUGGCUCAGGAGUUGUCAGGCCCGAACUGUCCGGUCCUAAGUGGGAUGGGCUCCUUGGCGCCACCUAGUGUCAGGUGUAGCCCUCGGCGGGGAGAAUGCCCACAAAAGGGCAUUCACUCUUCCCUGAAUUCUUGGGUCCUGGCACAGUGGGAGUACAGAGACAAAGCACUUUUCUGGCUUUCCUAAAGAUAAUAGUGUGGCAGUCAAGUGGCAGUGACUGAGCUGACAUGAAUGAAAUAAUGUUACAUCGCAGUCAGCGUGAAGAGUUCGUGUGGAGCACACAGGAACGCCCUGAGAGUUCAGAGCAGGGUGUGAGAGUUCACCCAUGGGUGUGAGAGGAAGAACAGGACACAGAUGAGGAGAGAAGUGCAGAGUGAGGGGAUGAGUGCAAGCGGAACGCUCACUUUAGGGCAGCGGCAGAAGGCGAUACCGAGAUAGGAUCGGAAAGGAAGAUGGGAGCCUUGAAUGACGUAAGAUAUGUUUUGAAUUUCACCUCAAGGCUCUGGGGACACUUUGAAGAAUUUUCAGCAGGGAAGUGACAGGUUGGAAAAAGGUGUGUUGGAAAUCUUAAUAUGCUCAGAUCCCCGCCUAUCACAAACUGGGCUGGGCCAGCAGCGCUCUGAGGAACAGAGAACAAAUGGGGUGUGGAGGCCCACAGGAAAUGGGUAGGCCAGUGAGUUGUUGAAUGCCUUUCAAAGGCUGGACAGGUUCAAGCUAAAAUCCACCUCUCUAAUUGUGGCAGCCAGCUUUCCUCCCUGGGGCCUGAGGGUUUCAGCACCGGAGCUCUCUGCAGCCACACAGCCAGCCUGAACUUGGGGGCAAAUGUCUUCGGAAGACGGAGUUAUUGGCCCAUCUCAUUUGUGUGCGGAGAAGGUUGGGGGCAGCCUUUGGUCUCUGGCCAGCUAUGAAGAAACCGAGGACAGGGAGGCUAAGUCGCUGGUCCAAGAGCUCCGAGCAGUAAGAGGAGGGGGCUGAGGAUGAGCCAGGAGCCUGCCCUUGCCCCUCCAUCACCAGAGGAAGCCUUCUAGGCCAUAAGAGAGGUCACCCCAGCUUCCAGCCAUCUCCAGUCUGGGAGGAGCUGCAGGCUCUUGGCUUUGCCCUUCCUCCCACAGGGCCUAGCUCAGUGCUGAGCUGGCAGGAAACGUGCUUCCUGAAGCUGGGAUUUCCCCACGGGGGCUGGGAGGCAUCGGGCAUCCCUGGCCUCCGCCUGAGGGAUGACUCUGCUGGGGCCACCACGUGUCUCAGGAACUCAGGUAGCUGCUCUCCCCUCAGGUGGGCAGUGAGGGGGUGGCUGUGCUGCCCCUCCCAUCCUGUCAAGCAUCACGCAAAGGGAGAUGAUUCUCCUCUGGCAGAAGGUGGAGUGAAGGAGAGACUGUGCAGUGAAGGCCGGCCCAGCUCAGGGCCAGGGCUGCCAGAGUCAGCGCAGCAGAAGGCAGAUGAGAAGGCAGCAUGUGGCCCCCCCACUGUGAGGGAUCCCAGCCACCAGGAAGAUGGGGCAGGCGAGGACCUGACACGUGGUUGUGUAGUGCCUGGAGUCACCAGCACUUACAGACGGAUCCCGGAUGCUGCUCCAGGGUGCUCGGCAGACUCCUGGAGGGAGAAUGGCAGGCUGAGGGGUCCCGG